GGGGCUAUGGGCUGUGUUCCGGUUGCUACCGGAAGAUACGUGAGUUCGCGCAGCCGCAAAACCGUUGUGGGCCGCUGGUCAGAGACUGAGAGAAACAGCUUUGUCUCUUUAUUCUGGCAAAAGAUAAUGGCUACAGGCUGCAGGCUGGUGUCAUGGUGGACUGCUGGAGCAGGUUAUACAAUACAGAUGUCUGGACAUUGGGCCACCCUUCUUAUGGAGAGACACCACAAUUGCACUGUGGAACACUGACUCAGAGAGAAUUCUGUGACCAACGCAAGGAGAACAUCUCCAAGGUGUGUGAGGCUGGCGGGAGGCUAUGGAGAAAGGGAACAGUAUUGAGCUGGAGGUGGCUGACUUUGGCAGCACGGUGCUGGCCCAGAUGAACGAGCUGCGGCUGCAGGGACGGCUGUGUGACAUUGUGGUGAAUAUCCAGGACCAGUGCUUCCGUGCCCACAAGGUGGUGCUGGCCGCCAGCUCGCCGUACUUCCGGGACCACAUGGCGCUGAGCGAAAUGAGCUCCGUCUCCAUCUCCAUCAUCAAGAACCCGCUGGUGUUCGAGCAACUGCUGUGUUUCUGCUACACGGGCAGGCUGUGCCUGCAGGUGGCCGACAUCAUCAGCUACCUGACUGCCGCCAGCUUCCUGCAGAUGCAGUACAUCAUUGACCAGUGCAACAUCCUGGACACCAUCCACUUCAACAUCAACAUCAACAUCAACAUGGCCGGCCUGGCAGCCCAGCUCCGCCACAGCCAGCGGCCCGCCCGGGACAGUGAGAGCCCCCCCGCGGCCCUCCGCUCUCUGCACAGCCGGGCAGAAGGAGCCACCUCGCCGGGUGGGGGCCGCAGCCAGCACUGCCCCCACAGCAGCCCCUUCGGCAAGGAGCAGUUUGUGCGCAUUAACCGCGUGGGUCAGUGGUAUGUGGAGACGGGGGCGGCAGCAGAUCGCGACGCGGAGGACGGUGUGAGGAUCAAGACGGAGACUCCUGACGAGUGGCUGGUCUGUGGAGAGGCUGGGAGCGGAGCCGAGGAGGGCACAGGUCACACCCGCCCCCAACAGCACUUUGCCAUCACUGCCCGCCACAGGGGCUCCCGCCCAGCCAGCAGCUUCAGCGAGACCGCCAGGUUAAGCCCCUCUGGCAGUCUGUGCACUGGUUCUGAGCGGCACAGAGCCAGGAGCGAGUCUCCCAGCAAAGGAGAGGAGCAGAAACAGCCCAGUGUACAGAUGGACGAGGCGGUGGUGGGAGGCGGAGGCUAUGAGGAGUAUCUACGAGACCAGGAGGUGACGGAGCGCUGGUACCGGUAUAACCCACGGCUGACCUGCUUGUACUGCGGCAAGUCCUUCAACCAGAAGGGCAGCCUGGACCGGCACAUGCGGUUGCACAUGGGCAUCACUCCCUUUGUGUGUCGUAUUUGUGGCAAAAAGUACACACGGAAAGACCAGCUGGAGUAUCACAUCCGCAAGCACACGGGAAACAAACCCUUCCACUGCCAUGCGUGUGGCAAGAGCUUCCCCUUCCAGGCCAUCCUCAACCAGCACCUCAAGAAGAACCAUCCGAGCUCCCCGGACCCUGCCUCGCGCGGCCACAACGGUUCCCGGUCUCCAGCACAGGAGGGGCCUGAGGUGGUUCACAAUGUCUCCACCACAGGCCCCACCUGAGACACACCCAGCCCCAGGGCUUGGCAAAGGGCCACGCCAGUCUUGCCUGCAGUGUGCCAACCCUGAUUGCUGUGUGCCAGCCCUGCUUACUCUGUGUCAUCCCUGCUCGCUGUGUGCCAGCCCUGCUCAUUGUAUGCCAGCAAAGCUCAGCUGCCGUUCUGCAGGUGAAGCCACAUACUGGGUUGUGUGUGGAUUCAGGGGUUGAAAGUCCUGGUGUGGGGGAUUGGGGGUUGAUUUCUCUUGACGAUCUGGGCAGGUCCCCGCUCAGCUAGCCUGGCAUUCACACUUGGUGCAAACAGCUGUCAGUGGAGAUGGGAUAAAGGCCAGCGAGAGGCCCGGCUCUUGUGCUGUAACAUUUUGCGAGUCCUGUACAUUUCUUUUGAAUGUGAAAUUGAAUGUGGUGGAAAGACUUUUCAGGAAGGAGUCGCAGGUAGGUUUGAUACCCAGGAAGGCUUACUCAUCGUGUAGUGUGAAUAGUGUCUCAACGUGAUAUCGCUUUACAUAACUGAAGGAUUUUUCCAUCUUAAAUACCUCUUUAUUAAAUAAUGAAUGCAAGACAUUGCCCGAGUGUAAAGUGCUCUCCACACAGCUGGCAGCAGGGGCUCCACCAGGACAGGAAGCCACUAUCACAGCUGAAGGCCAGAGGCUGGGAUUGGUGGUUGGAAAGAGAACGCUGGAGGGAUUCAGGAAGAUUUGCAAGAGGACAAAGCAGGAACGGCCAACACGACAGAGGGUGUGAAGCAGCCAGAAUUAGCGGUGGAGGCAGGCGUUUGUACACUUGCUGCCUGAUGUGAAGCUGUGGAAUAUUGGGAGCACAAGAAUUAGAAUGAACCGAAUCAUGCGUCUGCAAGACUGCAGUGAAUACAGCAUCGACUUCAAGACUCAUCUCUGGUCACCCUCCCCGCCUCAUGAUCCCAACCACCAGCUCAGGUGGGGAUCCCUGACUGUCCAUCACUUUAGG